AUGGCAGAGAAACCGUCGGUGUUGAUCAUCGGCGGUCUCGGGUACAUCGGUCGGUUCCUGGCGCUUCACAUCCAUCAAAACGGUCUUGCGUCCGACGUGCGCAUCGUUGACAAGGCCCUGCCGCAGCUUGCAUGGCUGGCGCCCGAGUUCGACGAAGCAUGUGCGGGAAACAAGUUCGUGCAGGCGGAUGCUAGCAGAGAACAGGCCCUUGCACGGAUAUUCGACCGACCCGACGGCAAGCAGUGGGACUACGUCUUCAACUGCGGCGGCGAGACGCGCUACUCGCAAGAAGAUGAGGUCUACCGGCUGCGCUCCCUCGGCCUGUCCUUGUCCAUAGGCAAGGAGGCGGCGAAGCGUGGCGUCAAGUGCUUUGUCGAGCUGAGCACGGGCAUGGUCUACAAGGCAGACUCGUCGCCGAGCAAAGAGCAGGACAAACUGAAGCCCUGGAGCAAGAUUGGCGUGUUCAAGCUGCAAGCCGAAGAGGAGCUGGCUAAGAUCGAGGGGCUGAAUCUUGUCAUCGUCCGGCUGGCACACGUUUACGGGCCGUAUGCAUCACAAUGGGUUGCCACUGCGCUCUGCAUGGCCAGGGUGUACAAGGCGAUCGAUUCAGAAAUGAAAUGGUUAUGGACCAAGGAUCUCCGUACGAACACGGUCCACAUCCACGAUGUCACACGCGCGCUGUGGGCCAUUACGGACUGGUACACGGCCGGGAAGUCAAACUGGGACGACAAGGCCAUGGGCAAGGUACCGACGUUCAACGUCGUUGACAAGGGUGUAACGACCCAGGGAACCAUGGCCGACAUUAUCGGCCAGGUGUUUGGCAUCGAGACCAGUUUCCAAGGUCAGCUGAUCAGCGUGUUCGCGAAGCUGAACCUGGAGAGCGUCGUGGAUGACGUCAAUGACGAAUUGCUAGGACCGUGGGCGGAUCUUUUGUCAGAGGCCGGCAUCACAAGACCAGGGCCCCUGACGCCGUUCAUGGAGAAGGAGCUGCUCAAGGACACAGAUCUCAGCAUGGAUGGAUCAAGGCUGGAGAAGGUGGUGGGUUUCAAGUAUGAGAAACCCAAGAUCUCGAAAGAACUGGUUGAAGAUGUCAUCGAAAGCUACAGGAAGAUGAACUGGUGGCCAUGA